UAACAUCCUAUAUAAAUUAGAUCUUAACGUCCUAUAACGAAUCAUCCUAUUUUUGAAACGGUGCCUUGGGUACUAGAGGCAUCAGCGGAAAUAACGGCGCUCGCGUCGCAAAAUUUUGAUAGCUGUGUCCGCUUAGGCCUGGCUAUUUUCAUCUCUCUGUUCCCAACUCAUCUUUGGUUGGUUAUGUUCAACUUCCCAUGAUCGUCAUGUAGGAUUGCACAAUGGUACAUACGGUACAAAUGAGAAUAAAUAUGUUUUGACCUUUGUCAUUCUCCUGGAUAUAUAAAAUGAUUUUUUGGACAUCAAUAUGUACAAAGACAAAAUAGUAAAACGUAUUCCGGGAGAUAUUCCUCCUCCAUCGAAAAAGGAAGGUCAAGGCUACAUCGAUGAUCUGUCAAACAAGCAAAAGUGGGAGUUGCAAGAUCUGUUAGAGAGACAAAAUAAAUUAAUAGCCAGACCGUUGACCUCCCGCCUCCCUGAUAAAGGUGAGAAAAUUAAAAUUUUUCGUGACAAGAUUAUAAAAGAGUUAAGCCAUCGCGAUGAAGUGGAAAAAGCUGCUAAUCUGCUUUCACGGCUUAAUAUUGCAUCAGAAGGUAAAAUUGCUAUGAAUAAAUUAGAAUGGACUGGAAAAUAUAGUGAAACAUCAGAGGAAAUAAAAACGAUAGAGUUGGAUAGUGACGAUGAAGAGGAUCCAUUGAUGGUCCUUGCACAGCCGACUGGAAGCGGUGUGCACAAGAAAAAAGUAAUACAUUUGGCUCCAGAAGAAAGCUUAAUAACUCCCGAGGAUUUAAAGGAGCUCGCAUCGCAUACUGAAAUUGGGAAGGAAGAAGAAUUGGAGCACGUGAAAUAUAUAUUGGAUAAAGUGGAAAAAUCAAAUAGUGAACAAGUUGGCAAAAAGAGAGAGCCAUUUAAACCUUACAAGACAACAAAGAGUAAUGUUCAUGAUCCUAUGAAAGAAAAACAGCGAAAGAAAGGCAGCCAUUGGGAAAUUACUGCUGCUACUCCACCACUCAUAGUACAUGGAGCGGUAAAAACAUUAGAUUUGCAAGAGUCUUUAAAGCUUCAAAAGGAACAAGCUGAAAAAUUACAGGAAGUACAAGCAAAACAUGCAGCAGAACGGUUGGCUGAACAGUUAGGUUUACAUAGCAUAGGAUCAUUACCAUCUAAUAUAGGCAAAUAUAGGUUACCUGAUGCACACUCGACUUCUGCAUCGAGUUCAGAUGAUGAAGAGGAACAUGAAGUUCAUGACGAAGAAAGCCCUGAUGUUGGUGGAACGGUUACUUAUACAGUUGAGAGUGUUGAAACCUAAUAUGAAUGGACAAAUCCUAAUUUAACAAGUUACUUAACAUGUGUACAUAAAUUAUUUUAUUGAAUGAGGAAGUUUUUUACCAUGUAGCAAGGAUUUUACAAAUUAAGUCAAGCUUUGUAUCAUUAAAAAAUGAACCCAAUUUAUUUUCUG